UCAAAAAGUUGUUUCUCCCGUGCGGAAAGUCGGGCGUCCAAAGAAGAUUAAUGUUGAAGUUUCUAAGGUAAUCAAAACCAAAAUUGUGUCGGCUAAAAUUGCUAAAUUUAAAAACUCAGAAAAUGACCGAGCCAAGAAACUUUUGGCGAAGGCCAAGAAAGGUCUUAUUCCACAGUCGAAACUUUGUUUAUUGUCCGUGGAUACUGAAAAUACACCAAAGCAACAACGUAAAUUUGUGCUGCCCUCCAGAAGUUCGCGAUCAUCAAGGGUGAUUAUUCCUACAAAGCGUUUCCUGGAAGAUGAUAGCUACGAUGUAUCUAUAAAAAGGAGAAGUUUGACUUCUAUAAACACCUCUGAAGCUGUUCCACUAGCCUCUUCUCCUUUUAUUGAGCCAUUAACUGCUGUGUCCACCUUCAGCCCACCGUCAAAUCAAUUAUUUGUGGAAAGCAAUUUAGCUUCAUUAGAACGGCGAUAUUCUUUACCACACAAAGCUUUGUUAGACAUGCCUUUAGUCGUCGAAGGCAAACGUCAUCGGAAACCUAGUAUUAAAAUGAGGUUGAAAGUAAAACAGUUUGGUCGAUCACUAAAGUCUGGAAUGUUAACACCCGAUGAUGAUGGAACAGAUAGCUCUUCUACCACAUCAUCUUCAAAUGGAAAUUCCUCACAGUCAUUGUUCUCUUCAAAAAAGAGUCCUCUGGCUCCAGCGAAACUUGGUGUUUUCAACCGAGCAGGCCCAAUGAAUUUAACUCGCAGAACAGACGGUAAGGGUCAAGAUUUUUCAGCAUCCAAGACCAGCAGCAUCAUUCUACAGAAAGCUAAACUUCAACUCAAUAGACCUGCGUUAAACAGAUCUAAGGCAGCUUUAGCGCGAUCUCUCAAAGCCAAAAUGAAAAAGGAAGCUAAAUUAAUCAAACACGAAGAUUCAAUGGAGAUGACUCAACUUUCGCCACUUCCUCAUCUUCAACUCUCUCCUCUCUCAGGUUUACGACAACCAUUUGAUUCUCCUAUCAGUCCACAGAGGGGAACUUUAUCUCCAGGUGGAUCAGGCUUUGGUAUGGGAAAAGUUGAUAAGGUUGUUAAGAAAAGAAAGUUCCGUAAAAGUCAGUGUGCCGUUUGUAGAAAUAAAUCUGUUGUAGCCAAUGAUAUGAAGGGUGUUCCCUUCUGCCAAGCCUGUGAUAAGUUUUUACGUAUACAUACCAAACGUAAAUUUGUCAAGCCAGAUGAUUACGUUUGUAAAUUAAAAGGAAAGUGUAAAAUAGAUUAUGAAAGAAAGAGAUUUUGUAAAGCGUGUAGAUUAUGGAAGUGUCUUGAUAUCCAAGAUUUAAACGAGAAAUUAAAAUCUUCACCUAAAUCUCCAGCGUUUACCAUCAGUACACCGUCACCAGUCAAUAUACUCAGCCCUGUAUCUAGAACCGAGGGGACAAGUCCAGAAAAAACAGUCAAAAGUAAAAUAGAAACACCUAAUAAAGAACCAGGAGCUAAAGAGAAUCUUCCAGAUGAACAUACAAUGCCAACAAUAGAUAGUCCCGAAAAAAUAUCAGCCAAUGAGGAAUCACCAGUCACUGAUCGUCAUGGUGAUCAUGGACCUAGAAUAAAACAUGUCUGUCGUAGAGCUGCGAUGGUUGUACGUAAACCUGUGGCUCGUUUCCCUGGUCAAACAGAUGAACCAAGUUUAAGUGCUCUUCCAAAUAAAGAAAAACAACAAAUUUUAAAAGAAGAGGAAGAAAAGGCAAAAAGGUUGUCUGAAGAAGAAAUGACACCAGAAGCAGCAGAUCAUAUUCCUGGACGAAAGAAGCCUAUGGACAAAAUAAUAGCUAGUCGUGUAGAAAGUGCUAAAUUAGUUCGUGAUUCUGGUCAGGUUGGUAAGAGAAGAAAGAUAAGGUGUAAAGAAUGUGCUGGAUGUUUAGCUGAAGAUUGUGGUAAAUGUAAACAAUGUUUAGAUAAACCAAAGUUUGGUGGAAGUUGUAAAAUGAAGCAGGCUUGUAUCCAUCGUCGUUGUUUGAAUCCACGAUAUGGUAAAGUAGCCACAGCAGCUUUUAUAACACUGAAAGAACAACAUCCUAAAAGUCGCGAAGAUGAUAAAGAUAGAGAUGGAGGGAAUAAUUCACCACAUAGUACGAGUACUACAACUAGUAGUGUAUCAACUACCGAUACUAACACAUCAACAUCAACUAAUAAACAACCUCCAUCUGGUGGCAAUAAUAAAGUAACCAAUAAUCAAGCUGUACUUCAUUCGUCUGCUUUCUUACCGCAUAAUAUGGCUAGUGAAGCACAUAGAUUACCACCCACUAAAAGGCUGCUAAAAACAAAGAUUUUAUCCAAAAAUAAAGUUUUACCCACUGUUCAACAAAUCUCCACCAAUCGUCAGUGGUCUUCAAUACCUGUUGGUCCACAUUAUAUUAAAGCUGAAUUUAAGGAUAAAUAUGAUGUGGAUACAGCGUGGGCAGGAGGAAUGGCUUUAGUUGUAUCUAGUCAAUCAUGUGUUCGUAAUUCUUGUUAUUUAUGUGGAAGUCUAGGACAGCAAGAGAUGGUGUAUUGUUCUAUCUGUUGUGAACCGUUUCACAUGUUUUGUUUAGAGGAAGAUGAGAAACCUCGAGACGAUGAUCGGGAUAGUUGGUGUUGCCAGAAUUGUCAGUUCUGUAAUGUUUGUGGAUAUCAGUUCAAUCUCUUAUCUUGUGAUAGAUGUCAUUCAACGUACCAUCCUGAAUGUUUAGGACCUAACUAUCCUAAUAAACCAAGUAAGAAGAAGAAUAUAUGGGUGUGUAGUAAAUGUGUUAAAUGUAAAAGUUGUGGUGUAACGACACCAGGAACAGGAAAUGCUACAUGGAUGUACGAUUUCUCUCUAUGUUUUGAUUGUGGUAAACUCAUGGAUAAAGGUAAUUUCUGUCCAAUAUGUCAUAAAUGUUAUUCUGAUGAUGAUUGGGAAUCUAAGAUGGUACAUUGUGCCAUAUGUAAUAGUUGGGUUCAUGCUAAAUGUGAAGAACUUUCUGAUGAGAUGUAUCAACUAGUGUCAUAUUUACCAGAUAAUAUAAAUUAUACCUGUAGAAUCUGUUCUACACACAAACCAGCACAAUGGGAACUAGCUAUGAAACAGUUAUUUUUAGAUGGAUUAAUGUCAGUAUUAAGAACUCUGAUCAGUUGUAAGAGUGCACAUCAUUUAGUUAAAAUAGAUAGAGAGAAGAGAUUAAAACUAAUCAAGGAUAAAGAAAUGAAACAGGAGAAAAAGAAUUCGGGAGAGAAAGAUAAAAUCUCUCCUAAUAGAAAUGUUAAUAGUGCUAAGAAAAAUCUCUUUGAGACAUUUUCAAAAGAAAUGAAUUCCAUACAAAUACCUGAGAAAAAUGAUUGGUUAGAAUCAAUGGAUGUUGAUGAACCAGAUUCGUGCAAUUUAACAUCAAAACCAUCAGAAUCACAAACAACACCAGAUAAAUUGACAUCAAAACCAUCAGAAUCACAAAGAACACCAGAUAAUUUGACAUCAAAACCAUCAGAAUCACAAACAACACCAGAUAAUUUGACAUCAAAACCAUCAGAAUCACAAACAACACCAGAUAAUUUGACAUCAAAACCGUCAGAAUCACAAACAACACCAGAUAAUCUGACAUCAAAACCGUCAGCUGAAUGUAAAACCACCGAAUCUGUGGAACAAAUCGUAGAGGAAACCCCCAUUGACUUAGAUAUAUUUUACGAUUUAGUUGACAAUGAAGUUGUGAAUAAAAUAUAUGGAAUAUUGGCUGAAAUAGACAGUCCUGUUAAAUCUAAAUCACCACAAGUUACACAAUAUCAUCCCAAAUUGUGUAACGGACCUAGCAAUAUUAGUAAAUAUUCAAAUAAUUGUUCAGAUAGUGCUCAAGAAACUGUUUCGAAAGAUAGUCCCUUAAAUUGUGCUUUAUCCGAUGACGCAGAAUUUACAGAUAAAAAUACAUCAUCACAAACUAGUGUGCAUAAUAGUGUAACAUCCGAACAUUCUCAUUUAAUAAACGGUGACAUUGCUACAGGAAGUGAUCAACAAUGGACAAAAAUUAUAGACAAAUCUAAUGAUUAUAGAAAUAUCUAUAAUUCUGUAUUAAAUAAAGAUCAGUUUAAAUAUAAUUAG